GCGUAUUUAUGUAUGGAAAAAAUUGGUUUGUCAGGGUUAUGUUUAUACAGAGAUAUAGAUGCAUACAUAUAUACAUAUUUACAGAGAGAGAUAUUGGGUAAUUGCAAUAGAAUAGAAUACCAUCCUAUUCUACCGAUGUCAGGGUUCAGUUAUAGGCUAUAUAGGUCUGUGAACAGUGCCUGGGGUUUGGGAGAGACUAGAAAGGGACUUUGUAGAGCGUCUUUAUUACCAAAGUCUAAAAAGGUUUUUCUUGAUUAGCCACUGUUGUUUCAAAGACCAGAGCCCUGAGCUUUGUUUGAUGGGUUCUUGCUGUUACAUCCUCGGUAAUCUGAGGGAAUUCAUGGCUGUGUCACAGCUUUUCUGUACUAUAAUACCCUUUUCUUGGGCUUUGUAUCCUCCUUCUCACUGCAAGUUAUUUCACCACCACCCCUUCAGCCUGUUGUGUGUCCUCCUAUCAGGGUUCGUGGCUUGUUUCAGUCCUGAACCUCCUGCUGCACGGAAAUUACUGAAGACUGAAAUUACCAAGUAGUUAAUGGCAUCAACAUCUGGCGUUGGUAACAGCUCAAUACUCAUCAAAGAUGUAGCUUCAAACUUUCGUGCAUAUCCUCCUCCUCUAGCAAAAUAUGAGGAAGUUGUAGACAAUUCCCAGCUCUUCAUGUUUACCUUGGAGAAGCUUCACGCAUCUAUGGGUACCAAAUACAUGAUUCCUACUGUUGGAGGAAGAGAACUAGAUUUGCAUCGCCUCUUUGUUGAAGUGACUUCCCGGGGAGGGAUUGCAAAAAUAAUUAGAGAGAGGAAAUGGAAAGACGUAACUUCAGUCUUCAAUUUUCCGUCAACAGCCACAAAUGCUUCUUUUGUGUUGAGGAAGUACUAUGCUUCACUGCUUUACCAUUAUGAACAAAUCUACUAUUUUAAAUCCCGGGAAUGGGACCCUACUGCUCCUGAUGUUUUGCAGAACCAAUCAACCCUGGCAGUUCCUCCUCCAAAAAUUCAGUUUCCACAGUCUUUGCCAGAAAUUCAACCAGCCGUCUUUCAACAGUCAAAUGUUAAUGCUGCUAAAUUGCCUGAAGGUGCCACGACGUGGUUUACCAGAAGCAGAUCUAGUGUUUUAUCUCCUUUUGAGAUUUAUGUUCCAUGACAUAAUAUAAAUGAGCAUUGUAUCAAAUCUCAAUGCCCAUUUUGUGCAAACUGGAAAUUGUUUUCUAUAUAUUUUGAAAAUUUGUGGCAUAUUUUUAUGAGUUUGCGUUUAUUUGGCUCACUUGUAUUGAUUUGGCUAUAAUAUUAAUUUGUAUGAAAUAUCAUUUGCAAAAGGGAGAUCUCUUAUAAAAGUAUCAGAUUUACGGGAAGUUAACCACUUAUUCUAUUACUAACAGUUGAACUUGUCUUUUUGAUUUGGCCAUGGUAUUAAAUUGUACUAAAGUUCAUCUGCAAAAUUGUAAUCUCUUGCAAACUAAUGGUUACAAGAAGUUGACCAAUUUUUAUAUUACUAAUAGACUUGAAGUUGCACUUGUUUUUU